AUGGUACACAUUAGUAAGCAUGAUGCUCUCAUCCUUUUGACCCAAGCUGCGUUUAUCCCGAUACUCUCAUAUUUUUUGAAAACUUCCCCUAGUCCGUCAAAACAAAUUUCGGAUAUGCUGGUGUCAGGCUGUUUUGCCCAUUGCAUUGGCGGUUUGGGUUUGGGCGUUGUGGCUGAUUUGGCACCGUCUGCUUUUUUGUCUUCUGCCGCGGCCACGGCGACCCUUCAAAAUAUGAUGUUGCCAGUAGAGGAGUUAUAUGAAGACCACCUAAGGAAUGAAACGUUUGAUGAGUGGUGCUCCAUUUUUGGCGAUGUACUCAAUAUUGAUGUUUGUUCCCAAAAAAAGUGGAAUAAACACUUUUUGAAUAAAUCCAAAAUAUCCCUAGACAAAAUGAAUGAUGCACCUCUAAAUAAAGCCAGAUUGAUGGCGGUUAAAAGUGACUUGGGUUCUGCGUGGCUGAGGGCAGUACCCAGCACUGCUUGCGGCACUAGACUUGACAACGCCUCUAUUAGAGUCAGUCUAUGCCUAAGAUUGGGAUUACCAGUAGUUUCGGAGUAUAGAUGUCUGUGCGGAGCCGAUGUUUCUUUUUUGAGCUAUCAUGGUCUUUCAUACCCACAAACUCCAUGGUUUGAUGGUCGUUGUCUGACGUGGGACGUGACGUUCCCACAUAUUUUGGCAGAUAAGUAUACCAGCAAUACUUCAUUGGAACAUGGUUCCGCUGCCAUAAGAGCAGCUGAUUUUAAAAAUUCCAAAUAUGUUGAUCUGAAUGACGGCACAAGAUUGUUUGUCCCGGGUCUGAUGAUGACUGUAUGUCGAAACAACGUUGUAAGCCUAGGAUGA